AUGUUCCCCUCACGGAAACAGCCCGACGACCCGCCGGUCUACCCGGCCGUCCCUGACUCCCUCCGGACAGAGUCGAUCGAAAUGUCCGAGAUGCGAAAGGUUCAGGAAGCCCGCGCCGACACUGCUCCUACCGUUACUCCGUACCUCAGUCUCCGUUCAAGGCUCUCUCAGAUUUGGAUGAAUCGCUGGACGAUCCUCCUGCUUCUGGUCCUGAUUCGAGUCAUCAUCCUCAUCGCCGACCUCAACGACAAUGUCGGGGAUGCUAAAACCAAGGCCCUCUCGGCCUGCACCAAAGUCGAAGAUGUUGGAAGCGCCAUGGCCUCGAUGCCUCAUUACCUGUCACGAGGUGUCAACGAGCUUGCCGCUUCUGGAAUCGAAAAGUCCGUCGAGGCUAUGGUGUACAUGCUCGACCUCAUCAUCGUCGGCGUCCAGAACCUCAUCAUCUUCUAUAUCAACUUCCUCACUGCCACUUACGUCUGUCUCAUCACAGCCAUGGUCCACGGUAGUCUUGACGUCGUUGCUAAUGUCACCGAGGAUGCCACCAAGGCUUUCAACAAGAUUAUCGACAAGGUUGCCAAGGAGAUUGAAGACAUUGCCGGAAACCUCGAGGAUGGCAUUAACAAGGUUACUGAGGGCAUCGAGGACUCCGUCUUUGGUGAUUUGAUCCCCGACAUCCCCAAGGUCAACUUCACGGAACCCAUUCAAGACCUCAAGAACUUUGACCUCAACUCCACAACGUUUGUCUCGGAUGUUCGCCAGCUCGAAGAGGAUCUUCCCGACUUCCGAGAGGUCCAGAACAUGACUGAGGAGGCCAUCUCCAAGCCUUUCAACUUUGUUCGCCAAGCUCUCAACGAAACCUACAGCAACUACAAGUUCGAUCGGGAUGCAUUCCCUCUGGCCCAGAAGAAGCAGCUGACCUUUUGCUCCGAGAAUGACGCUCUCAACGAAUUCUUCACCAACCUGUUUGAGCUCAUCGCCAAGGCCAAGACCAUCUUCAUCGUCGUUCUUGUCCUCCUGGCCGUGGCCGCCAUCGUACCCAUGGCCUGGCUCGAGAUCAAGCGCUGGCGACGACAGCAGCAGCAUGCGCGUCUCAUUGCUAAGGGCCAAUUUGACUCCAUGGAUGUUGUAUACAUCGCCUCUCGCCCCAUGACCGCGACCUGGGGAAUAAAGGUCGCCUCUCGCUUCAAGGGCAAGAAGCAGAUCCUGGUGCGUUGGUGCAUCGCCUACGCCACUUCUGUGCCGGCCCUGUUCGUCCUGUCUCUCGCGAUUGCCGGUUUCUUCUCUUGCUUCUGCCAGUUCCUCCUCCUCAGGGCCGUUAGAGACGAAGUCCCUGCUCUGGCUGACCAGGUUGGGGCCUUUGCCGACGACGUGGUGCAGAGCCUGGAGAGCGUUUCUGACGAAUGGGCCAAUGGUGCCAACGGUGUCAUCAAAGGCCUCAACGACGACAUCAACAAUGACGUUCUCGGCUAUGUUACUAAUGCUACGGACGCCGUCAACGACACCCUCAACACCUUCCUCGAGACUAUGGAUGAUGGCCUCAACACUGCGUUCAAGGGUACCAUCCUCCUUGACCCCAUCAAGACUGUCCUGCACUGCGUCAUCGGCAUCAAGAUCGAGAGUGUGCAAAAGGGUCUCACAUGGGUGCACGACCACUCCCAAGUCAACUUCCCCCUCUUUGAGAACAACACAUUCAGCAUGGGCGCCAAGGACUCGAUUGAUGGUGACUCGGACCUUAACACGUUCCUUGCAUCCCCGUCGAGCGUCACUACUGAUGAGGUCACGGGGGCUGUCCAGGCUGUCACCGACUGGCUCCACAACAACUUGAUCCAGGAUGCCCUCAUCUCCACAGGCCUGCUGCUACUCUACUGCCUUGUGGUACUCAUCGGAGUUGUAUGGACACUGGCUGGCAUGGCCUCACCCGACAAAGGUCGUGCCGAAGGUGGCAUGCGUUACACCGGAGACGACCGACCCAACGCCAGUCCCCAUAUCGGACACCGCGACGAGACCAACCCCGGCGGCGUGAUGCACUUCCCUCGAUUUGGAUCCUCCUCAGGCGAGGAAGACAGCUACAGACAAGCACCGAGCGGAGGUGACGAAAAGCUCAUGUCCGGUGCAACAGGGGGUCGUCCCAUGCAAGUCGAGGGCAACCAAAGAAGCAGCUCCUACGGCUACCUCGACUCGACAAGCGGCAAGUACUAG